UUUAACCUCCCAGACUACAAAACAGCCAUCAAAGCUCGGUGCUUUCCUGCAAAGCAGUCAGAGACAGCCCUCCAAGCUUUCAUCACAUUUGCAGCAGCCAGCCUGGGAGCAGGGAUUUGGGAUAGAACCACAUUCCCAGUCUCUCACUGUGGAGCAUUGAGGAGCUCCAGGGACUGAGCAGUUUUUCCCAGCCUCUCCUUUUGCUUGGGGACCUUCUGGGAGGAGAGAUAGGAGGUGGACUCCGCUUAUUUUUAUUUUUUCCUUUUUUUUUAAUUUUUUUUUUUUUUUUUUUUGCUAUCCCUAGAGACUGGGACAGAAAUAUUUUUCCCAUAUGUAAAAGCAAGAUGCUGUAUGGAAGCUACUCUUCUACUCCCUCUUCUCUGAGGGAGAAAGUCUGGGAUGAUGGGAAAAGCCCUUCCCAGAUGUGAGGGCUCCACAGGUUGUAACCAAGUCUAACUUGUAGUCAACCUUGUAGUCCAAGGUUGGUGUUGUGUCUGUGUCUUCUCUCAGGUGCUGGAAUUUUCCACACCAAUUCUCUUCCCCUCUAUUCUAACUCCAGCAUUCUUGAAAAUAAUUUUUCUCAAGAAAUGCUACAGACACACCAAGUUAAUUGGAGUCAUUAACUUGUUUCCAUUACUCCUUUCUGUCUAGGAAACUCUUUUUUUUUUUUUUUUUAGGGUGAUUUUGGAGUUAGAAGAAAGAACUGGAAGCUAGGGAACAUGUGGAACCACUUCACAGGAACACCGGAUUUUGAGAGCUUGCAUUUUUAUUUACAUCUUCUGGACCCUGUCUGACUUGAAAACACGAUGAGGCGGGUGGUACGACAGAGCAAAUUCCGGCACGUCUUCGGCCAGGCGGUGAAGAACGACCAGUGCUACGAUGACAUCCGCGUGUCCCGCGUCACCUGGGACAGCUCCUUCUGCGCCGUCAACCCCCGCUUCGUGGCCAUCAUCGUGGAUGCCAGCGGUGGGGGAGCCUUCCUGGUGCUGCCUCUGCACAAGACAGGCAGGAUUGACAAGUCCUACCCCACAGUGUGUGGCCACACGGGGCCAGUGCUGGACAUCGAUUGGUGUCCCCACAAUGACCAGGUCAUCGCCAGCGGCUCCGAGGACUGCACUGUCAUGGUGUGGCAGAUUCCUGAGAAUGGGCUCACCCUGUCCCUGACAGAGCCCGUGGUAGUGCUAGAAGGCCAUUCCAAGAGGGUUGGCAUCGUGGCCUGGCAUCCGACGGCGCGGAACGUGCUGCUCAGUGCAGGCUGUGAUAAUGCCAUCAUCAUCUGGAAUGUGGGAACAGGAGAAGCCCUCAUUAACCUGGAUGACAUGCACGUGGAUAUGAUCUACAAUGUGAGCUGGAAUCGCAAUGGCAGCCUCAUCUGCACAGCUUCCAAAGACAAAAAAGUCCGAGUUAUUGACCCCAGGAAACAAGAAAUUGUUGCUGAGAAAGAGAAAACCCACGAGGGAGCCCGGCCCAUGCGAGCCAUUUUCCUGGCAGAUGGGAACAUCUUCACCACCGGCUUCAGCCGUAUGAGCGAGCGGCAGCUGGCCCUGUGGAACCCGAAAAACAUGGAGGAGCCAAUUGCCCUUCACGAGAUGGACACCAGCAAUGGGGUCCUGCUGCCCUUCUAUGACCCAGACACCAACAUCAUUUACCUGUGUGGGAAGGGUGACAGCAGCAUCCGCUACUUUGAGAUCACGGAUGAGUCCCCGUACGUUCACUACCUCAACACCUUCAGCAGCAAAGAGCCGCAGAGGGGCAUGGGGUUCAUGCCAAAGAGGGGCCUCGACGUCAACAAGUGUGAGAUUGCCAGGUUCUUCAAGCUCCACGAGAGGAAAUGUGAGCCCAUCAUCAUGACAGUUCCCCGCAAGUCUGACCUCUUCCAGGAUGACCUGUACCCGGACACAGCCGGCCCAGAAGCAGCUCUGGAAGCAGAGGAGUGGUUUGAGGGGAAGAACGCUGAUCCUCUCCUCAUCUCCUUGAAGCACGGGUACAUUCCAGGCAAAAACAGGGAUCUCAAGGUGGUCAAGAAGAACAUACUGGACAACAAACCCGCCGGGAAUAAGAAGAGUGAUCUCAUAAAUGCUCCAAAGAAAGCAGCGGAUGCCUCAAACCCCCAAAACGACGCCAAAUUGGACGAGAUUUUGAAGGAGCUGAAAUCCAUCAAGGACACAAUCUCCAACCAGGACGAGCGCAUCUCCAAGCUGGAGCAGCAGAUGGCCAAGAUCGCGGACUGACGGGGCUGCCAGCCCAGGCACAUCCCAGCUCCCAGUUCAGCCAGCAGCAGCCUGCAGCAUUCCAGUACGAGCUUUCCUGUUCUCCUAAAUCCACGUCAACAAGAGCCGAUGAUUUCAAGCCAAGCUUUUUAGUGAAAGAUUUUUUUUUUAUUAUUAUUUUUGUUUCCCGAUGUUCCGAUGAUUUUCUGUGACUGUGUCAAAAACAAGGCAAAAACGAGAAGUGCUACUUUUACAGAUUUUUGGGGGUUUUUUCCCAGAUGUUAUUAUGAAUCCUUGAAAAACGAAUCCAUUCUUGACUUGCAAUGUCAUGCCCAAAUAUCUUUUUCUAGAUUUAGGGACCAACGCCACAUUGUUCUUAACCAUUUUUUUUUAGAGUUGCCAAAAAAAUAGAAAAAAAAAAUUGCUUUUAUUUUUCUUAUUUGCCACUUUUGCAGUAUUUGUGUUUCCAUUCCAAGGGACAGGGGAUGUGGGGGGUGUUUACACUGUGCAGAGAACAAAGCUGGAGCUAUUUUGUAUAAAUCUGCCAUUUGGAACAAUCAGGUGGGUUCCCUUCCCUUCUCUUCCCUAAGGAAUCCCCUUGGAGAUGGGAUCAGCUGCCUUUCCUACUCCACAACAUGUCCCCAGCCCCAUUGGCUGACAGAAAAAUACAAAUACAUCAUUCUGAACGAGGGGAUUUAUUUCCCACUGAAGUUUUAAGCCAGUACCAUGUUCCCAUUUUCCUACAAUUCCAAGGUUUUCAUUCCAUGACCAAACUCACGAGUUUUACUGGCUCAUUUUUAUUUCCAUUUUGAGGCAGAAGUGACUUCCAUGCAGGAAUAUUUUUAUCUGUGGAGCAUGGAGUUCCAGGUGAGCUGUGGGAUGCCAAUUGUCCUUGCUGCCCCCCAACACUCCUGAGCUCAUGGAUUUUAAGAAGCUUUUGGAAUCCAUCAGCUCUUCACACCAGUGCUGAUGAUAGGAAUUUUCUGUGCUUCCAAGGCAGCAUUAGCAGCAGAAAGGUGAUUUUCCCAUGAUAAUUCUCCACAAACAAAAUGCCUCUGUUGUUAUUUUUUGAUCAUUUGUUUUCUCCUGUCCAUCAUUCCCAUUCCUGCCUCCCACCCUGCCAUGCUGGAAAGCUUUGCAGGGAAGGAUUUGUUCCUGGAUCAGAUUAACAACCUCCAACCCCAGCCCCUGCCCCCUACACUCCCAGCCCUUCAGAGCAGAAGGGACUGGGAGGGUGGAUUUGAUCCCAGUUUGGAGAACUGGUUUCUCACACGGCUCCUUUGGGAUCCUGCAGGGAGAGGCCCUGGGAGUGUUCUAGGCUGGCUCCUCCUGAAAUUCCAUGGGAGCUCAGCUCAGCAAAGCUCUGCUCAGGCAGGGUCUCCCCUGUGAAGGAGCUGUCAGGGAUGGGGCAGGCUGGCUCCCUGCUCCCAGGCCGUGUCCUUGUGCUGGGAAUGGGAUCCAGGACAGCCUAGAAAGCUGUGCCAAGCAGGAUUUGUGCUGCCAUUCCUGACACAGCCCAACCCUGCAGUGCCAGGGAGUGCUGAUAACCCAUCCUGAAUCCAAAGGUGGCCAGAGACCAUCAGGUGUCUGAGAGCUCUGGAUCCCUAUCCCAGCUGGACUCUGUCCCUGUGGCAGCUCCCACCCGGAGCAUCCUGGCGGACACGAGUCCCUUCAUCUAGGCUGAAGUGAUUGAUUUUUUUAUUUUCCAUUAGUUUAGCUAGGAAUUCUCAGAUUUUCCAUUUUCCACAGUGUUUGCAUGUUCUGAACUUCCAGGUUAAGGAUUCCCUGUUGUGGAGGGAUGUGUGUAUGGAGGCAGAAUCGGCUGGGGGAUGUAGCUGGAGAGGCACGAGGAAUGGCAUGGAGGAGACAGAGGAUGUGGUAGGAUUGCAGAGCAGGAAAGCUUCAGAAAAGUGGGAUUUCUGUGUUUUAGGGACAAGUGGCAUCCCCUGCCCUGUGCCUGUGGAUCCACAAUCCGGCUGCUCCGGGUUCUUUGGCUGUUUGGUGACGUUUCUGUAUUGCAGUAAAUGCCUGAGAUGUGUA